CUUUAGUCGCGUGUUGGCUCCGUUAUUUCUGUGUGGCCCUGUGGGAUCUUUAAAUUUAAAAAUGUCAACAAAAAUUAGAACUUUAUUUUACUUAGUGUUAUUUGUAACAAUAAGUGCUCCGAAUUCCGCAGAAAAACCUCAAACAAAACCUUACAGAGCUGUAGCAGUCAUCCACGGGGUUCUGACAGGUUACGAAAGCAUGCAAAUCAUCACUGAUCGUAUCCAAGAGUUGCACCCAGGAACGGAAAUUUACAAUACAGUGCGAUAUGCGGGAUGGAGCAGUUUGGAACCAAUGUGGAAACAAGUAGAAGAAAUCGGAAACGAUAUAAUGGCUAUCGGCGCUGCAUUUCCCGAGGGAAUUAAUUUAUUGGGCUAUAGUCAAGGUGGUUUGCUUGCGAGAGCAAUUCUGCAGAGAUUUCCUGACCACAAUGUCAGAAAUUUCAUUUCCUUGAGCUCUCCACAAGCUGGCCAGUAUGGAACACGAUUCCUACACUUAUUCUUUCCAGACUUGUUUUGUGAAACAGCUUAUGAACUCUUCUAUUCAAGGGUUGGCCAACACACGAGUGUCGGAAAUUACUGGAACGAUCCAUAUCACCAGAAACUCUACUACAAGUACAGUCAAUUUCUGCCAUUCAUAAAUAAUGAAAUGAGGUCGACAAACACGACUGACUUCAAAGCCGGUCUGACGAAACUGAAGAAAAUUGUUCUUAUCGGCGGUCCCGACGACGGGGUCAUCACGCCCUGGCAGAGCAGCCAAUUCGGCUACUUCGACGACAACGGAACGGUGAUCGAACUUCGAGAGCGGCCCACCUAUCAAAACGAUUUAAUUGGUCUGAAAACUCUGGACAAAAAGAAGAAAUUAAUUCUUCACACUGUGCCAGGCGUUUCUCACUUUGAGUGGCACAUCAACGUUUCAAUAGUCGAUCAAUUUAUAAUUCCGUACUUGGAUUAAACUGACUUUUUCUUCAAAUUCCAUGACUCGGGCCUCCUCUCAACGAUAAAAAGACAAAAAAUAAUCGCACAAAGUUCAACACAGGCCUCAGGCUCUUACUUUUUUUUUUUUU